AUGCCCCAGGGUCCUGGUCGCAGGGUCCUCGGGGUGGAUAUAAUCCCCAGCCAGCCGCCCAGAGGCGUCUCAACUAUUCAGGGAAACUUCUUAGAUCCCGCGGUUCAGGAUUAUGUCCGAGACUUUGUACGCAAUCCUCGAAGGGGCAGACCUUACUCUCAAGGGGUUACUCAGGAGAUCGAGGGCCAUGAUCAUCCCGUAGAGUCUGUCCUCGAGGCGAGCCGUACCGGUGAUGUCCUUGGUGAUGGUUACGAUGGCUAUCCGAAUGACCAGAGAACGGUAGAUGUGGUUCUUAGUGAUAUGUCCGCUCCCUGGCAUCAAACAACCGGAUUUUGGAAGAGAAGUCUAAGUAAUCCUUACCACAGGAUGAUGAAUACUAGCGGUGUGACAUUCAAAGAUCACGUUGGAAGCAUGAAGGACCUCUGCCGCGCUGCUCUGGAGUUCAGCUAUGAGGUGCUCAAGACUGGAGGGCACUUUGUCUGCAAAUUUUACCAAGGAGCCGAGGAAAAGGAUCUGGAGAAGCAGCUGAAAGCUUUGUUUCAAAAAGUGCACAGGCUCAAACCAGAUUCAUCACGCAGUGAAUCUAAAGAGGCAUAUUUCAUCGGACUCGACCGCAAAGCCCACACUAGAAAGCAAGACGUACUCACGGGCCCUUCUUAUGAGACUUAG